UGAGGAGGUCAGACUUGCGGGCUGUAUACUCCCAUGAAAUUUCGGUGCAAAUAAAUCCCUAUUCCACGGCAUUUUGAAGUUUCUUAAGAACGUAGUUUAAAAAUUAAUUCAGCAUGGCGAGUGUAUCUUAUCACAUAUCAAACUUGCUUGAAAAGAUGACAUCAAGUGAUAAGGAUUUUCGUUUCAUGGCAACAAAUGACCUAAUGACAGAACUACAGAAGGAUUCCAUCAAAUUGGAUGAUGACAGUGAGAAAAAAGUGGUUAAAAUGUUGCUGAAACUACUUGAAGACAAGAAUGGUGAAGUUCAAAAUCUAGCUGUCAAAUGUCUUGGGCCAUUGGUUUCUAAGGUUAAGGAAUUUCAAGUAGAGACGAUUGUUGAUACACUUUGCAGUAACAUGCUGUCUGACAAAGAACAACUACGAGACAUAUCAAGUAUCGGUCUAAAGACUGUGAUUAACGAAUUGCCGCCAGCCUCGAGUCCACUAGCCGCCAACAUCUGCAAACGGAUCACCGGUAGGCUAACAAGUGCCAUUUCAAAGCAGGAAGAUGUAUCAGUUAAGCUGGAAGCCCUUGAUAUUCUUGGUGAUUUAUUGAGCCGAUUUGGUGGACUUCUUCUCAACUUCCAUGCCUCCAUUCUCGAUGCCUUACUUCCACAACUGACCAGUGCUAGAAUGGCUGUUCGCAAAAGAGCUAUCCUUGCUCUAGGUCAACUGGUGAUGAGCUGCAGUGCUAAUCUCUUCCAGAAACUUAUGGAUCAUUUACUCGAACAACUAAAUAAUAACACUAAUGUUUCCUACACAAGAACAUUCAUACAAUGCAUUGGAGCAAUAUGUCGUCAUGCUGGUCAUCGCAUUGGUGAACAUUUGGAGCGUAUCCUGCCUUUCACUAUUAGCUUUUCUAAAGUUGAAGGUGAUGAUGAGUUGAGAGAAUACUGUAUACAGGCUUUUGAAUCAUUUGUUAGACGUUGCCCGAAGGAAGUCUCACCGCACAUGAAUACAAUUAUUCAGCUGUGUUUAGAGUAUCUGUGCUAUGAUCCAAAUUAUAAUUAUGAUGACGCAGAUGAUGAUGAGUAUGAUGAAAAUGCAAUGGAUGCAGAUAAUGCAGAUGAGGAUGAUGAAGGUGAAAGUGACGAUGAGUACAGUGAUGACGAUGAUAUGAGUUGGAAGGUGCGCCGUGCAUCAGCAAAAUGCUUGCAAGCCAUCAUGGGGACACGUCAUGAGAUGUUAUCAGAAUUCUACCGAACAGUUUCUCCAGCUCUCAUUGCUCGAUUUAAAGAGCGAGAAGAGAACGUAAAAUCUGAUAUUUUCCAAGCAUUUAUUACUCUGUUGAAACAAACAAGACCAACACACACAGAAUUUGUUGACCCUGAUGCCAUGGAUCAGGAAGAAGGACCAGUGUCUAUGCUGAGGCAGCAGAUCCCUGACAUUGUGAAGGCAGUUCAUCGCCAGAUGAAGGAGAAGAGCAUCAAGACUCGUCAGGGAUGCUUUGCUUUACUGACGGAAUUGAUCCAUGUGAUUCCAGGAUCUCUCAACAACCAUAUUGCUGCACUCGUACCAGGAGUACAGUUUUCACUUGGGGAGAAGAAUAGCAGUUCAAAUAUGAAGAUUGACACACUAGCAUUUCUGAAUUGCCUAAUGUGUAACCACACUCCUCAUGUAUUCCAUAACCACAUUAAUGUACUUAUUACGCCUGUUGUAAGCGCUGUAGGAGAUCCAUUCUACAAAAUCACAUCUGAGGCACUGAUGGUUACACAGACCAUGAUACAAGUUAUUAGACCAUUGGAUUGUGAAGUGGAAUUUGAUUUCACUCCAUAUGUGAUGGACCUUUACAGUUGCACAUUGACCCGUCUGAGAGCAGCUGACAUUGACCAAGAGGUCAAGGAGCGUGCUAUCUCAUGCAUGAGCCAAAUCAUUGCCAAUUUAGGUGAUCAUUUAACAUCUGAACUGAAUGUUUGUUUGCCAAUAUUCUUGGAACGCCUUAAGAAUGAAAUCACAAGACUUACAACAGUGAAGGCGCUCUCAUUGAUUGCUUCUUCACCCCUCAAGCUGGACAUCUCCUCUAUCUUGAACAAUGGAAUGCCGAUACUUGCUUCAUUCUUGCGAAAAAACCACCGUGCUCUAAAACUCUCAACACUAGCUUGUCUCAACAUUCUCAUCAGAAACUAUGGGGAGCAUGUGACAGAGGUUAUGAUUAAUGGUGUCUUGAUGGAGAUGCCACCAUUGAUCAGUGAGACAGAUCUGCACAUCUCACAGCUUUCUUUAACAUUGCUGACGUCACUGGCGCAGAUCCUUCCACGUUCCAUGCUCAAAAUCAAGGCAGAGAUACUCCCCCAGGUGCUUAGUCUCAUUCGAUCACCCUUACUACAAGGUGGUGCUUUAGAUGCUAUGUUGGAAUUUUUCAAGACCCUGGUAUGCACAUCAACUGCAGGGAUGAUGUAUGCUGAUCUACUACGUUACCUAACAGAACCAGUGUACAACCCCACAGAAGCAACUCAACCACCCAGUGCUCCAUAUGCUGUUCAUAAGCAGGCUUUCCAUUCAGUCGCCAAAUGUGUUGCAGUGCUGACCAUAACCUGUAAGCAAGAGAGCUCCAGUGUCAUCACACAGUUCAUCAAUGAUAUAAAGAAUCCCAAAUCAACAGACUCAGUCAAGCUAUUUGCUUUGUUAUCUGUAGGUGAAAUUGGCAGACAUGUGGACCUGAGUGGUCAAGUUGGACUGCAAACAGUUUUGAUUAACUGCUUCUCUCUACCCAGUGAAGAGGUCAAAUCAGCUGCCUCAUUUGCAUUAGGUAAUGUAAGUGUGGGUAAUCUUCCUUUAUACUUACCUUUUGUUCUGCAAGAGAUUGAAAGUCAGCCCAAAAGACAAUAUCUUCUCCUACACUCUCUCAAAGAGAUUAUUACAUGCCAAUCUUUGACAACGAGUUCUGUGGCAGGUUUGCAGCAAUAUGUUGGUAAUAUAUGGGCUAUGUUGUUUAAACACUGUGAAUGCCCUGAAGAAGGGACUCGUAAUGUAGUAGCUGAGUGUCUUGGAAAGUUGACACUAAUUGAUCCUCUUAAUUUACUUCCUAAACUUAAGGAUUACCUAACAAGCCCAUCAGCAUUCACAAGGAGUACUGUGGUGACAGCGGUAAAAUACACCAUAUCAGAUCAACCACAAUCAAUAGAUCCUUUGCUGAAGUCAUGUAUCGGUGAUUUCCUAAAGACCAUGGAGGAUAGUGACUUGAAUGUUCGUAGAGUAUCAUUAGUAACCUUCAAUUCUGCUGCACACAAUAAACCGUCAUUGGUACGGGAUCUUCUGGAUGAGAUCCUUCCAAAUCUCUACAAGGAAACGAAAGUGAGGAAGGAACUAAUCAGAGAAGUAGAGAUGGGUCCAUUCAAACACACAGUGGAUGAUGGCUUGGACAUCAGAAAGGCAGCAUUUGAAUGUAUGUACACAUUACUGGAUUCAUGUCUGAAUAGAGUAGACAUUUUUGAGUUUUUGAAUCAUGUUGAGGAAGGGUUGAAGGAUCAUUAUGAUAUCAAGAUGUUAACGUAUCUCAUGCUGGUACGCCUCUCAAGUCUUUGUCCUCAUGCCAUGUUACAGAGGCUGGAUAGACUAAUAGAGCCUUUACGUACAACAUGUACAACCAAAGUGAAGGCGAACUCAGUUAAACAAGAGUUUGAGAAACAAGAUGAACUGAAGAGAUCAGCGAUGCGAGCGGUAGCGGCAUUGUUGGCAAUGCCUGAUAGUGAUAAAAACCCGAUGUUAAAUGAAUUUGUGACUCAGAUUCGUGCCAGUCCAGAGAUGUCUACGAUAUUUGACGGUAUCCAGAAGGAUAACUCAGGGCCUGCUGGUGACACAUUUAUGGACACCAGUUAGGAGGAAAAGAUCAAUUCCCUGUACUUUAUUAUUAAAAUCAAGUAACUUUAGUUUUUUUAAAUAAUUUUGGCUGUACAAUGAAAUGUUAUGCACAAUGCUAUAGCUACAGUGUUAUGAAUGUUUUUAUUUGCAACAAAGUUGCUACAUACCAUUUGAAUACAUUAAAUAUUGUUCCCGGAGAUUUGCUUACAAAACAAUACAUAUACAUAUGUAUGUUACUCUGUAUGUUAAAUAUCUGGAUAAUCAAUGUGGCACUGUGGAAAAUGUUAGUCAAGUUCAAAGUGAUUAAAUUUGGAUGAAAUAUGAAUGCUAUCCAGAGAUAAUGAAGAGGUUACUAAUUGCAAAAUCAAAUUACUUUUCUCUUAUACAUCCACUAUUGACAUCAUAGCCAAAAAAAAACCUCAUUAACUUACUAACAAAUGUUAAUCAGACCCCUUAUCUUGCUGUGCAUUUGUAUUAAUAGUAGAGCAGGUAUAUUACGUGUUUUGGCUCUCUGAAUUAUGGUAUAAUGAUUACUACAUUAUAUAGUAUACCUUAUGGUUUCAAAAGGCUGAGCUUUUGUAUGUUUUGCACAGAAUUAACAUUAAAAACUUUCUAAAAUGCUUGCAAUCAUCAUCAAGUUGUUGUUUUCCCAGUUUGUAACAAUUUUUAAAAAAUCAACUUUGAAUUUAGAUAAUGAUUUUGAGAGACAAAUACAUAAUUUUACCAACCAA